AUGUCCUCGCUCGAGGGCGGCUUGUAUGCCUUCACACUGCCGCAAGAGAUCCUUGCCUGUCUCCAAGUGCGCUCCUUCGGCGGUCAAGCGACAGAGACGGGCCCAGUGGAGCCAGUCCAGCAGCAAGUUCGCAAUGGACUCCAGUCAACCUCACUGGGCUGUGCGACCUGCGCCGUCGUUGUCUUUGCCGAUCUGCCAGAGCAGAGAGAGCACUUUCGAUCAGACUGGCAUCGCUACAAUCUCAAGCAGGCCGCCUCAUCGUCACAGCAGCAGCAGCAGCAGCAGCAGCCCAUCACUGAGGAACGAUUUCAUGGGCUCAUAGACAAUCUCUCAGCAUCCAUCUCGGGCUCAGAAGGCAGCUCGAGCGACCUUGAGACCGAUGAAGACUCCCGAUCAGGCCUACAGCGACUACUCGCGCGCCAACGGCUCACGAACGAUCUGGCCACAGACUCCAGCGAGGAGCGAGACAGCCGAGGUCCACGAUCUCCACUGCUCUGGUUCACCGCCGAGCCUGCACUGAGUGAUACUCAGAUUGGUAUCUACCGUGCCCUCUUUCCGUCGGAUGCCAAAGCAACACGCGAUCGCCCGGCCGCGGCAUGGCUGUCAGAGCUUGCAGAGCUGCAGGUGAAGCCUCACAUACCGAAGCCGCCGAAAGCACUUCGGGCUCAGGUGGCUCCUGCUGAUAACGCAGCGUCGACUGAGCCGCACUCGCGAUCCUGGCUCAUGAUCAUGAUCGGCGGCGGUCACUUUGCUGCCAUGCUUGUCUCACUCGUGCCCAAGCUGGUCUACAAGGGCACGAAACUUGAGAAGGAGCCCGAGGUGUUUGCGAGCAAGACCUUUCAUCGAUAUACUACUCGGCGCAAGCAAGGCGGCGCCCAGUCUGCGAAUGACAACGCGAAGGGAAACGCAAAGUCUGCGGGAGCAGGAUUGCGUCGCUACAACGAAGCUGCCUUGACAGAUGAGGUCCGAGAGCUGCUCCACGACUGGCGUGAGGACAUUGCCCGGACAGAAGCAAUCUUCUUGCGGUCCAGUCGGGCGAAUCAUAAAGUCUUCUUCGGAUAUCCUAAUGCUGUGCUUGAGAAGCGCGACCCGAGGAUACGAGGCAUCCCCUUUCCGACGAAGCGUCCUACUUUAUCGGAGCUGACGAGAGCCUUUCAAGAGCUCACUCAACCAAGAAUCUCUCAUCUCACUGCCGAUGCGCUUGCUGCCCUCGAUGCCGAAUAUCUUGCUUCGAUCGCGCCUAAGCCCAAGCCGAAGCCGGUAGAGAGUAAGGUCACGCCGAAGCCUGUCGAGCCAAAGUUGUCGAGCGAAGAGAUUGAGCACCGAGAACGGUGGCAGCGCGUUGUCGACAUGGUGCACAAAGGUCGUCUGGACGCCUUGUGCCAAUUCAUUGCCCGACAUCAAGCGAAACCAGAGACCAAUGCUGCCGGCGUCGAUUACUUGCAUGACUUACCUGGCUUCCUCAAGGAGUCGGCCACCGCUACGACGCUGCUACAUCUCGCAAGCCAAGCCGAUCAGCCGGAGAUAGUGCGCUGGCUCUUGUACGAGCAGCGGGCAGAUCCUACGCUUGCAGCCUCGCUCAGUCAGCAUCACACUCAUCGUGCACCUCAGACGCCAUACGAGCUUGCACGCUCGAAGGAAACGCGCAACGUCUUUCGGGUGUGUUACUAUGAGCACCCCGAUUGGUGGAACUGGUCAGCUUCAGACGGCGCAAGAGUGCCUAGCGCGCUCGACUCAGCUGCAGAACAGCUUCACAAGGCGCGAGAGCAAGACCGCCUGCAAGCUCUGCGGGACAAGGCUCAAGCCAAGGAAGCUGCUAGACAGAAGGAAGCAGCGGCCGAAGCUGCACGACAAGCAGAAGCCGAUGCCGAGACGGUUGCAUUGGAGAGAGCCAAAGUACUCGCUACUCCGUCGGUCAAACCACGACGACUUGGCGGGGGACCGCCUGCUAAGCUCGAGAGAGCUCGUAACAACGAUGCCGGCCUGGACGAAGCUGCACGAAUGCGCAUCGAGCGAGAGCGCCGUGCACGAGCUGCGGAAGCACGUCUUGCCGGCAAGUGA